ACUAAAGCUAGAUAUAUAUAAAUUAUACAAAUUGCAGAUACUACUUAUUCACACAUGCACUAUAAAUAUGACCCUUCUAACUUAGUCUUUCUCAUCUAAGUAACACCCACUAAUUCCAAUUAUUCAUUUUCCUUGUCAAACCUUUCUCCCUCUCUGUGUGAUCACCCUGUAUAGCUAUGUCAAGAGCUGUGGAAUCUCUCGUUGUUGGGAGAGUGAUAGGUGAUGUUGUUGAUUCUUUCACACCAAUGCUAAACAUGUCUAUCAGUUAUGGUAACAGGAGAGUUUUCAAUGGAUAUGAGCUCCAUCCAUCCCUAGUUGCCCUCAAGCCUAAGGUUGAGGUCCAAGGAGGUGACAUGAGAACUUUUUUCACAUUGGUCAUGACAGACCCAGAUGUUCCUGGCCCUAGUGAUCCUUAUUUAAGGGAGCACCUACACUGGCUAGUGACCGACAUUCCAGGAACAACAGAUGCCACAUUUGGAAGGGAAGUUGUGACCUAUGAAAUUCCAAGGCCAACCAUCGGGAUUCACAGGUUUGUGUUUGUUCUAUUCCAGCAAAAACGUAGACAAACAAUCAAUCCACCUUCUUCAAGGGAUAACUUUAGCACAAGAGAUUUCGCUGUUGGAAAUGAUCUUGGUCUUCCUGUUGCUGCUAUUUACUUCAACGCACAGAGAGAAACUGCUGCAAGAAGUAGACGAACAAAUUCGGAGGGCAAAAAUGAUCCAACCUUCGUUUCUCCAGAAUCUUCUGAAAUCUUCUAAAGAUCACUGCUAUUCUUGUAUCCAACUUGGAAAUAUUCGCACUACAAUAUCAAUGAACAAGGAAUAACACCAUCAGACAGUAGUAAAUUAUCCUUAAGAUAUUGCUCUUAUGAUUUCUGUGUACUGUCUUUUUCUUUAGCACUGUAGAUAUCACCACAGAAAAAGAAAAUGAAAUAUGGAAUCAUUCAGAAGAACAAACUAAACGAGAUUUGAAA